UUCAGCUUGUCGGACAGCCCCGGAGAUCCUCUUCCGAUAACUCCGGCGCAUCUUCAACUCGGCAGGCCGCUGCGUCCUGUCGCCAAGCCCUCCCGCAGCGGUGUCGCAGACAACCGUCUGAACCGCUGGGAAUACCUGGACAAGCUUCGUGAGUGCUUCUGGGGCCGCUGGUCCAGAGAGUACUUAACGAGUCUGCAGAAUCGUGCGAAGUGGACCAAGAAAUCGCACAACCUGCAGCCCAGAAUGCUGGUCCUUCUCGUCGAGGACAACCUUCCGUCGCAGACCUGGAAGGUCGGCAUCAUCGUCGAGACUUACCCCGGAAUGGACGCGCUGGUGCGUGUCGUGGACGUGAAGACCGGUUCUGGAGCGGUCUUCAAACGGUCGGUUUCCAAACUGGCACCCUUGCCGACCGUGGACAACGACCGUCUUCUGGAGCGCUUCGGUACUUCGGAGUAGCUUCGGAGAAUGCAGCCGCGGGGGAGAAAGUCGGAUAACUUCCGUCCUCCGCGAAUUCUUGAUGACAAUUGAAAAACCAGCUCGAUCGGCAACACUGGUUGCUGCGAUCGACUCACCAACGCGACACCCCUCGUCGCCGCCUGCGAUGACGCAAGGAACGAUCGAGAAGGUGGGAAUUGGCGCGCAACGGAUGCGCGCGCAAAACGGAGAAGGAGGAGAGAGAGAGAAGUGGAGAUUUUCACUCCAGUUCGCGACGCGUUUGAGUAAAGACGUGCUUGUAAAUAGUGAUCGGAAUAAAAGUUUUUUGUUAGGAAAGAGAAUUCCGCAAAGUGUUUUGAUCACCCGGAGAAACCCUAAUACAGUCCACCCGAAGAUCCAGUUGGGAGAUUUGGCCCCAACAGAUCCGUAAGAUUAAACCACAAAGAAAGAUGCUCGCCUUGUUGGGUUGUACACCCUUCCAAAUUACCAAGAUAUUGCGAAAUUCCUGCGAGUGCGGUCUUGACCGGUUUGACAACAGAUAUGCCUAACAUAUGGAACGCCGAAAUCGUGCUCGGUACGAUUCAGAACGCUGCCGGCACACUUCCGCGCCAAUCAUUUCCACACGACAGCCUUGCAUCUGGAGAAAAGCGGCCGCAUCAAGUAAGACCGUAAAAGUGACCACUUCCAGAUCACCAAAAGUGAUCAAAUCGCCUCGCAGUGCUGACGUAAACCAGGUGCUGAAGACGACGCUCAGGUAGAUUGAACUUUUCCACGUGUUUUUGAUGUCCGGUGAGUCUGGAGUCCGAAGUCCGCGAGGAGGAGAAACUCGAUCUGCAGAAGCUGAUGGAGCGGGUCGCGUUUCGGAUCCCACCUCAAACUCGAGGGCUUUGCUAACAUGGUGUACGCCGUGUACGUAACCCAAAACGCAUCCCGUCUGCUGCGUGCCAUCUACGAGAUCGUCCUACAUCGCGAGUGGGCCCAGCUAGCGGACAAGUGUUUAAUGCUGUGCAAAAUGAUUGAUCGGCGCAUGUCCCCAUUACGCCAGUUCCGAAAGAUGCCAGAUGAGAUCGAGAAGAAAAUAGAGAAGAUCUGCCCGUGGGAGCGGCUGUAUGAUCUGGAAGCGGACAAGAUCGACGAGUUAAUUCGCGUUGCUGAAGUAGGGCAAGACCAUCUACAAGUACGUGCAACAGUUCCCAAAGUAAGAGUUCCCGAUUGGUGCGCGAACUGUUAGUGGCGGCCCGCGAACGCGCCCCGUUAAUCAUCUUCAUAUACGGGAUCGAUUCCAUUGGCUCGUCUCGUAUCAGAGAAAGGAGAAAUCUGAGGUCCAACGUACCGUGCUGAAGCUCCAGCAUCAAUUGGAAGGGUCAUCAACACCACCAACGACGGUUCCAAAACCCGACACGGAAAGCUUAUUCCUCUCUGGUUGCAGUCCAAUCCCCUUCAUCCUUUCCGGAUCAAACACAUUUGUCACAACUACAGGUAGGCCGGUCAGGCCUCUGGCUUAACUUUCCACUUUCGUUUUUCUACUGUUUCAUCCAGGUCUACGGCCGGAUACAUCAUUUGGCGACGAGGAUUCUUCAACAACCCAGAAGAAUGGAACAUCUCAAGCAAGCAUUGCUCCUGCUGAUAAAGCUUAUUGAGAAUAUUGACCCACCAGUUCCUGCUUAAGCCGACGCGACGCAAGUUCUGGCUUGCCUAGCAAUGCACACUAGUGAGUUCACGUUCCGGGCCGUAACACAGACAGACCUAAGACUGGUGGUUCCGUCGGCACUAAGUCCUUAGCGGGAGGCGACCAAACUGGAAGAUGCGGCCUUGGCACGGUUCCUGGUAAGGAAAUUCGAUUUCCGGUGCUACGAGCAGCACCGGAACAUCAUCCUGCCCAAGCUUCCGUGCUAUUUCAAUCUCGCCGAAGCGAUUAACACCCUCAAGCGGAUCUUCGGCCCUCAAACGUCCGAAAACAGCCUGCAGCUGGAAAACCCGGAAAACCUUCAAGGCAGGACUUUUGUACGCGGCUGUUUCAUUCCGGUCCACGACCACACAUCAACAACCAACACUUCCCACAUUCCGUUUCGUUGGACUCAGUCAAACCUGGUGUAAAAACAACUUGGUUACCGUGGCCAAGCGUAAAUAUUUCGAUAUCCGUCUCGUACUGGUCUAGCCAAGACAUCUCCCUUUCGCUCGUUUCCAUUCAGUCUAGUCGGAUAACGUAGUACCCGGCCAACACCACAAAGUGGCCACUCUCCCGCGAAGGCGCACUGAUCGUUCUCAAAAACAAUAAACAAAGAACAGCUGAUUCCUGAAGCUGAAAGCUGAAAUAACGAGGGGUCCUUCAAUUUUACCGUGACUUUGGACAUUCACGGUUGUUUCACGGUUCACGGUGGGGUACACUUUUUGCGAAAGUUUUUCCACCGAGUGUCUUGUCGUGUCGUCGAUCAGACUCUUGCAGUGGGAGGAUACCGGGUCUUAUACUACCAGCUCGAACAACUUCGACGUUGCACAAAGUGCCGAGAUGCCACACAUUAAAAACAUUUAAUCUCCAACAAGUGUCAUACAUCGAUAUCUGACCACUCCUUAGUCACCAAACUGUGGUGGCCGAGGCAGUUAAGUCAUUGGGUUAGUCUGUCAAAGGUCUCUGGUUCGAUUCCCGUAGUCGACACUUUUGGUGUUUUGUUUGACGGAUGAACUUUUUUUGCAAAUGAACCUCGAGAGUAGAAUUCUUUCGCCCAUCUCAAGCUGUGUUCUCUGUGUCCGUGAAUGGAACCACUAUUUGUUUUGGGUGUAUUAUUUUUCAACAUCAUUUAAAAUUCAAGUGUUUGGCUAUUGACAUUAUUUCAUGGCCAAUCACCGAAAUUUUAAGAGUUUUGCGAUUGAUAUUUGGGUACACUGUACAGCAGGGCCCGAUGUGUAAUUUUGAAAUUCCAUUUAAAUAGUUGUUUUGCAUUUAAACAACCUUCAUGUAAAAUGAGAUUAAACGUAAUCAAGGAAAAGCGAGUAAAUAUAACUUUUGGUUCUGGCAAAUCAAAAAUUUUAAAAUAUAAAGAGCAUGUAAACAUGUUGUUUGAGAUCGAUAGUUGCACCCUUUACCCUAUAAAUAAGAUUAGUUUCGAGAUGAAUUGUGAGAGAGCGAGUGAGUGAUUAGAGAGUGUAUGAGAGAGUGAGAGAGACCGUACGGGAGUGCCCGACGGGUUCAAUUUGUUUACGUUUAGAAAUAAAGUUAAGUAUUCAGCCAACACCCAAACGGCUCGGUUUGUAGAAGCCCCCGCGUACGUUGUACCGUCUCGAUCGCCGCGAAUAAAGCUACUCCGCGCAACAAGCCGUGUUUUUGCUUCGACCGUGUUUUGAAGUUGAGGUCGUUGACCUCCCGAAAGUGGGCUCUGGACGAGCAGUGAAACCCCCCAAAAAUACAGUCCACAUUUGAAGGGCUCGAUCCGGAACAUUGGUCCUUCGAACCGGAUCGAAGUGGCCGGCCCGAAGUGGAAGAACCUUUGUGUGCGCGCGCGUGAAAAGUGGCCAGUUCGCUGAACAGUGGCCAUCGCGAUUCGGACUGUGCGAGUCCGCGGCAGUUGGCGCCAUCGCGCAGUGAUUUGCGGUUUUGUGCUGCAAUUUUUUAUGCUGUUCUGCGCGCGGUGCUGACUGGAAGAAGCAGCAGGAGCGAUCGUGGUCUGCUGGGAGCUGUUCUAAGGCGGACGGAAGCUGCGCUGCUGUUGGAAGCUGUGUGUUCGAGAGUGUUUGCGUGUGCUGGACGCUGCCACCGGAGGUUCCAGGAGGGCCAAGCAGCGUUCCAGAGGAAGUAUUGGGUUGCAUGUGGUGCAUGAGGUGUGUGUGUGUGUGUCUGUGGUGAGGUGUGUGCGAUUUGGGUUUGAGUGAAUGAGCGUUUUUCGAAAGAGGUUUUUUUAAUAAAGAUUUAUUUGGAUUUUUUACGCGUUUGCGUUUCUUUCCGGAGUUGUGGUCUGGGUAAUCCUGCGCAAGCCCUGAUUUUUGGAUUGUUCUGGUCUCUGUCGGUCGGUCCACUGCUGGUUCUCCACUUUGGCUGUCUCUCCCCACUGUCAAUCGGGUCGCGUAGAACGUUGAGUUGAUCGUUUCGGUGUUCGCGGUUGCAGUGUUCUGGAUUUUUGGCGGUCAACGGUGAGUGAAGGCGGUAAAGAAUGGACGAGUUGAAGGAUUUGCUGCAGCAGGAGCGGCAGCUGAUUCUGACCAUGAAUGGUGUAUGUGAUUUCGUGGAGGCGUACAAGAAGGCGGAGCAUGAGAACCAGAUCUCGAUUCGGCUGGACACCCUGGAGGAGGCAAUGAGGAAGUUCUUCAAGGUGCGCCGCAAGAUCGAAGCCAUGAUCGAUGACGAGGAUGAGGAUCAAGUUGUUGGAGAGUCAAAGGAGGCUCGGAAGAAGCGGUUGGCUGAUCUGAUGGUUCAGCGUGAGAUGGAGUACAACAAUGCUCUUCGUAACGUCGAGGAGAGGUACUUCGUGGUGAAGGCAAGGCUGGUCGCGCUGCGUCCAGUCAAGGUUGAGCCCACUCCUGGUGCUGACCUGAACGAAACCUGCUUCGAUCGGUCGAUUUCGCGCAUUAAGUUGCCGGACAUCAAGUUGCCCAACUUCAGCGGUGAGCUUAAGGAUUGGAUCCCGUUUCGCGACACCUACAAGAGCCUCAUCCACUCCAACAUGCAGCUGCCGGACAUCGACAAGUUCACAUACUUGAGGUCCGCUCUGCAAGGUGAGGCACAGCUGGAGAUCCUGUCGGUCGAUUUUUCUGCAGAAGGCUACGACGUUGCUUGGAAGGCACUGGAGAAGAAGUACGACAACCACAAGCGCAUCGUGAAGGCGUACCUGGACGCGCUCUUCGACAUCGAGCCGCUGCGGAAGGAGAGCUGUGACGGUCUGUCUCACUUGAUCAGCGAGUUCGAGACGAACCUACAGAUGCUGAAGAAGCUCGGCGAAGGAACAGCUGUCCGUUCCUUCGACAAUCCUGGUUCACAUGCUCUGUGCGCGUUUGGACCAUACCACGCUGCGUCUGUGGGAGUCACACCACAACUCGAAAGCUGUGCCGAAGUACGACGUGUUGAUCGAGUUUUUGCGUGGUCAGUGCACGGUGUUGCAAUCUAUCAGGGCCAAUCGGCCCAGCGAAGGAGACGGUCUGCAGAACCGCUCGAGAGUCUCGACCGCUCACACGUCCUCGCAACGGCGCUGCCUGUUCUGCGAAGAGACAUUCCACAUGCCGUUCAAUUGCAGCUGAGGAACAUGUCUGUGUCCCAACGAGUGGAGGAAGUGAAUCGAUGGCGACUGUGCCGAAAUUGUUUGCAUGCUGGUCAUUACGCUGACGGAUGUUCUCGUGGUUCCUGUUCCCGCUGCGGCGGUAGACAUCACACGUUGCUGCACUACGACACGCCGGCUUCUGCUGGCGCUCGACAAGAAAGAUCCUCCGUUCCCAAUACGCAAAGUCAAUCCCAGGAAGCUGGACAACAACAACCCACGAGACAGCAAGACCAGACACAGAACAUUUCCAGCCAACCAACCACAAGUUUCUACUCCGUGAUCCAAUCCACUUCUCGAAACACUCACCCACCACCACCCACAGACUUUCGUAAUACCACCACCCUCAAAGCGGCAUCCCUCCCCGCACAAAAUGCACCCACACUUUCCCGCCGAGUCCUCAUGGCUACGGCUGUUGUUCGCGUGGAAGACCAGUUCGGAAAUUUCUUGUUCGCUCGUACACUGUUGGAUUCGUGUUCCGAGUCCUGCUACAUUUCUCACACGUUUUCGAAGAAGCUGAAGUUCCGGACAGCUCCAGAUGUACUGAGGGUACACGGCAUUGGAAACGGCUCAGCGUUGUCGCUGGAGGCCGUACGCGCGAAGAUCCAGCCACGGCUGGCUACGAUCUCGAGGUUCUCGAAGGAAAUGCGGUUCCACGUGCUGGAAAAGAUCGCCAUCGAUUUGCCCGUCACACCGGUUGACGUCAGCCAGAUGAUGCUUCCCUGUGACAUCAUUCUCGCUGAUCCGCACUUUGGGAAACCUGGUCCCAUUGACAUGAUCAUCGGCGCUGAGUUCUUCUUUGAGUUGCUGGCGGCUGGUCGUCGUAAGAUCGUCGAGGACGGUCCGACGCUACAGGAGACUGUGUUUGGAUGGAUAGUCUCGGGGAAAGUUCCAGUUUCGUCACCCAGCGUUCCAUGUACGGCGACCUACUUCAGCUCAGCAGUUGACCUGAAGGAAUUCGGCGAACUGGAGUCGAGCCACGUCAACAGCACCCACUCUGUGGAGGAGCCCACCCGCGAAGAGCUGUUCAAGAAGACGACGAAACAAGAUGCGACGGGAAGAUCAGACACCGUUGAAGAAGCCAGCACGCUGAUGAAGAAAGUCCGGCAGGUCACCGAUUCUGCUGAUGUCACGGUGAAAAAGUGGAUCUCCCACUGCCCAGAGCUGCUCAAGCAGCUCCCGAAGCACCUGAAAGAUGAGCGCAGCACGCUCAACGCGCUGCACAGUGUCGUGCACGCCUGUGUCUUGUGUCAACAGCUGUGGAGAGUCAAGAUCGACCGGGAUCAACCGUCAGACGAAUCGUUGCAGCAGCUGUGGAGAGUUAAGAUGAGGUUGACAGCGGUCGCGACGAGAAAUGUGUCGUGCCGCAUUGGGUUCAGCAACGAUUGCGUCGAGGACAGAGCGAGCUUACGGUGCGAGUCUCUACCUCCGCUGCACUGCGCUUGACGGUUCCGUCACGUUUCGACAGCUCAUGGUCGAGAAGAAGGUCAACAUUCCACGGUUGGAGAUGUCACCUGGCAGAUGGUCAAGGCGUCGGAGAAGGUUACGCGCCCCAACACACAACUGGUGGACGGCGUCAUGCGAGUCUGUGUUCGUCUGUCGAACAUUUCGCUUUGCAAACGGACGCUUCGAUCGUGUGAGCUCAAAGAUCUGCUCGCUUUCCAUCCGGAAUAGUCAAGAAUUUGUUCAAACCUCGAUUUAAGCACUCGCUGAGUGCGCCUCGACGCUUAUGCGUCCCCCAUUCUCGAAGUUUAUGUUGGUAUUUGUAGUUUUGUAUGUGUGCAUGUUUGUUGUUGAAGAAAGCUCGCUGGACGCUGUCCAGUUUCGUGUUUCGGUAGACACCUGUCUGCCCGAGCUCAGCGCACAAGGCGCUCACCUGGUUAAGGGAUUGCAUGUUUGUCAAAAAGUCGCUAAUCACCCCUAUCAUCGGUAGCACACCCACCCACGCUACCACAUCUCACUGGAGGAAGCCUAGGAUCCUGCCAGUCGGUCUCGAUUUCUCGCUUGACAUUGGGCUUGGCCAGCUCACACGCGCCGAUCGACAUCCCGACCACGAAGUUUUGAAGUCGAAGUUAGAAGACAUCCCUAACCAGCGAAGAAGAACAACGCCCCCAGGAAUUCACCGAUGAUCUGCGGAUCGAGCACCAGAGUCCAGAAUUCACCUGGUGGGGUAAGUUGUUCCAGUUUACGCACGCUACAUACACCUACUACAUCAAGUUUUGUUCGAGGCACACCACCAACUCAACCACCUACACCGACGUCCGAAAGACCACCCGCACGACGCACAUCCACGUCCGCAUCAACACCGGCGAACCGCGCACCGGCGACUAGCACACCGACGAGCAGCACACCGACGAGCAGCACACCGGCGAACGAGACACCCCAGCGUAACACCUUUAUUGCCUGCGGGCCCAGCAUCAACGUUACCUGGCUGGGUAAGUUGUUCCGGUUUUACAUUUUUCUCUACACGCACUACAUCGCAUCUCUCCCGAGGAAACCUGCAACGAGCAACAGCAUCAACAAGAUGGCACACCGCACGAAGAAGAAGAAGGAAGGCAUCAACCGAUGCAACCGCAAACCGUGUGCACUCUGUGGUCGACGUUUGUCCCACCCGAAGAAGAGCAUGUUCCGCUGGAGCAUCACCCCCCACCUACACCGAAGAAGCGCAGCACGAGGCUGCCCCAGAAGUUCAGCACGGUUCGCGAUCGUGGCACACGGCCAGCGGUCUGGCGAACGCUGACGACGAGAAGUUCGAGGCUGCAAGCUGCAACAGCAGCAAAAACACCACCAUGAACGCUACUCGGCGACGACCCCACGCGCAUGCUGCACCAAGGCAGCACCGAAGCAGCAGAUGAGUUCCAGGGAGGAGAGUUGCAGUUCAGCUGCACUCGAUAAUGCACAAAAUGCGUUGUCGUCCACGAUGCAUCCACGAUGGCAGCAGCAGAAGAUUGUUUACAUCCAGAAGAGAAGAUCGAUUGAUGCUAUUGAAACGAUGUGACGUGAAGUUAGCCCUAAGAGUGUUCAAUUUUAUGUUAGUAUUAGUGUAAGAAAGUAGGUAGCGUUCUUUUUCAAUUUGUUGAAACCACAGGUUUCAAGGCGGGCGGCAUGUUUGAGAUCGAUAGUUGCACCCUUUACCCUAUAAAUUAGAUUAGUUUCGAGAUGAAUUGUGAGAGAGAGAGUGAGUGAUUAGAGAGUGUAUGAGAGAGUGAGAGAGACCGUACGGGAGUGCCCGACGGGUUCAAUUUGUUUACGUUUAGAAAUAAGGUUAAGUAUUCAGCCAACACCCAAACGGCUCGGUUUGUAGAAGCCCCCGCGUACGUUGUACCGUCUCGAUCGCCGCGAAUAAAGCUACUCCGCGCAACAAGCCGUGUUUUUGCUUCGACCGUGUUUUGAAGUUGAGGUCGUUGACCUCCCGAAAGUGUGCUCUGGACGAGCAGUGAAACCCCCCAAAAAUACAGUCCACAUUUGAAGGGCUCGAUCCGGAACACAUGUUUCUGAUGUAAAUGUUUCGAAAUGUAAAGUUGAAAAGAGUUUCCUCACUAUAAAAUCACUCGAAAAAUGAACUUCUUUAAUAGGGGGAUGGCGUCGCUAUUUUUAGACCACGUUUUCCACUUUUUCUCCAUCGAAACCGACUACUUUAUCUACUUCAUUUUGCUGGGCGAGAUAGGACGCCGUCUAUUUUUAGACGAUGACUCAGCACUUUUCCACUCUUGCACAUAAAAAAACCAGAUGGCAGCACGAUGUAACGCCACGUCCCUAUAGGCCUCGUAGACCCAACUUCGCGUAUACAUAUCGACUCAGAAUCAAAUUUUGAGCAAAUGUCUGUGUGUGUUUUGGUGGGCGUAGAUUUUUCUAACUCACUUUUCUCGGAACUGGCUUGACUGAUUUUGUCCGGAUCUGUGUUUUUAGAUCCGUCUUCAGUUCCCAUGAGUCAUAUUUUCCUACCAUUAUGGUUAGUUAGUUAUGCCAAACCAUUUUAACUCAAGUACGCAAAAUUGUAAAAAGGGUGGUUUUUGUAUGGUGAGCUGGCAACCCUAUCAAAAGUUAUUAGCACUUAAGUGUUAUUUAUGCACUUUUUGGAGGCCGGAUCUCAAAAAAUUCGAAGAAAAUUAUGUCCGGGUUCAUCAUGCAACCCACCGUUAGUUAGAUAAUUGAAAGAUCUUUCUAAAGAUCCCAAAACUUUGAAGAUAUAUGACCCUAUCAAAAGUUAUUUGCACUCAAGUGUUAUUUAUGCACUUUUUGGAAACCGGUUUUCAAAAUUUAUUGAUGUAAAUGAUUUACCACUCAAUUAUGAGACCCGUCGUUAGUUAGAUUAUGGAAAAACCUUUCAAAUGAGCUUAAGCUUAAAACAUUGAAGAUCUGAUAACCCUAUGAAAAGUUAAUCGAGUAAUCAGAGGUCCUUUGCGAUUGGCUCAAUAGAUUAAGUUCCGACAGCCUUUUUAAAAGUUAUGAGUCCUUAAUGUUGGCUAAAUCUUUUAUAAAUCCUUUGCAGUUUCCAGAAAGAAAAAAAAGUCAAGUUUUGCACUUACAAAGAAAUAAUAUUUAAUAUAUUCAUUGCUAUAAAAGCAUAAAGAUCAUAAGCGUAUGAUCCGUAUCGAAUGUUUGUUUUCACAAUAAAACCAAAUGUUUCUACUCGGUGCGACGGGGGCAGCAGUUUCAGUCGGAUUAAAAAAUACAAAAAUUAAAAUUGAAGAAAAAAGACCGAAUUCGUAGAGAAUUGCUCAUAUACUUUUAAGAUUUGCUCCUUUUUUGAAAUAUUUUAGCAAAAUCAAUUUCUAAAAUCUCAGUAAAGUUGAAAUAGCUAAACCUUAGCUUAGCUGACGGAUAUUCUGUUGCAUAAUUAAAAAAAAAUCAAUAUUUUUUAAGGGAAAUAAUAUGUGUGAGGGGUUUUAUUUGUAUCUUACACUACUGCUUACUUUUUUAGACACUUUUCUGUACAUAAAAAAUCCAAUCAAAUCAAUCAAAUCGAAAAUAGUUCGUAGAUUGAUUGUUGAGGCAAUUGCAAACUUCUUUUUACACCUUAGCUUCCAUCCACCCCGGGAGAAAUACUUAAAAUACUAAAAAUACUUUUAAAAAAAACUUAAAAUACUUAAAAAAUUUAUAAUACUUAUAAUACUUAAAAUACAUGAAAUACUUAAAAUACUUAAAAUACCUAAAAUACCAAAAAUACUUAAAAUACUUAAAAUACUUAAAAAAUUUAAAAUACUUAAAAAACUUA